CUCAUUGAAUCGAAAGAAAUACCAAAACUGUAAUGGAGACUCCAUCUUCAUCGUCAAGAAGAAUCACCAGAUCACAAGCUCUGGCUAUGGCUGCAAACGACAUCAUACCCAUAACUUCAAGGAAAAACGAAGAAUCUGAGAAGGGGGUUUUGAAAUCAAGACAGAAAACUAAUGGUGGAAAACAGGAAGAAAGAGAUAGAUCAGCAUUGAUUGACAUAACAAACGAUUCACCCAUUGUUGGGCUUGCAAUUGGGAAUUUGAAAACCCCAUCAUCAACAUUUUGUAAGACAAGGAUGAUCAUUCAAAACAGCCAAUCAAAACAGGCCACGACACCUGGGUCUGGAGAAGCUUUGUUAAGAGGUCAAGUGAAGAKUCUUCUGCAAAAAGUUGAAGAAGAAGCUGUGAUUUCAAAGAUUUCAUUCGAACCCRUAAUUUCAAUUCGUUCACAAAAAGACUCUGUGAAUUCCCCAAUGUAUCUUCUUGCUCCAACACCUGCAAACACCCCACAAGUUUCUGAGGAUAUGAACAACUGUUCAGAGUCUUUGGGUGUCUCUCCAGUUUCAGAAAGUUACAAUUUUUCGCAGAUGCUUGAUCAGGAAGAAGAAAAUGGAGAAACCGAAACUACGAGUCUGAUAACAAGGUUGUUGUUUGCGGAUUCCACAGAGAAAUUUGAAGAAAAUGAAGAUGAUGAUGGAUCGUUAUGGUCGGUUCAAGUGAAUGCAAGCACAAGUGAUGAGCAUGAAAAUGAUCAAGAAUUCAGAGAGGGUUAUGAAGAUGAUCAAGAUUUUGAAGAGAAUUACGAAGAUGAUCAAGAACUCGUAGAGAAUUAUCAAGAUGAUGAACGAUUUGGAGAGAACUAUGAAGAAGGGGUGGAUGAGCUUUGUGAAGGGUUGAGCAAGAUUUGUGUGAAUGGUGGUGCUAAAUUUACCCCAAGACACAAAAGAUUUGUGUACGAUAGUGACGGCGAGCUUGAAGCGGAAGAAGAAUCCGUUGAGUCGUCAUCCCCAUCGUGCUUCAAGGGUUUGCCAACGCCAAAAGGAACACAUCUUCGGUUUUCAUAGGACGAUAUACCGGAAAACAUGAUGUUUAAAUUUUUGAGCUAUGAUUGUUCUUUUAAAAGAGGAAAAUGCAGGAUUU